AUAUUGUGCUACUUUUGUGUUGUAAAGUUGAAAUGAAAUGAAAUGAAAAAGUAGUAUAUAAAUGUGUGUAGACACUUUUUGUUAACUAAACAAAAGCUCUUCAAGUUGUGCUCUGUGUUGUAUUUGAGGGUCUGUAGAUACAUCCACACAUACAUGCAUCUGCAUAAGUAUGUAACAUAUUUGUCCAGCGUUUGUCAUCGCAUGGAGCAAUCGCAGUUCUAAGUAGUUCCAGUUCAGACGUCAGACAGUUCGUAUCUCUCGUCGACUACUGCGGUUGAAUGCGAAAAUACAUGAAAACGAUUUGUUUAUAAACGAAACAACGAACAAUUGAUUGAAAGAAAGAGAGAAAGAAAGAAAGGCGUGGAAACAGCAAGAAACGAUGGACAUGCAAUUAGAUACAAAUUAAAAUAAAAUAUAUUUAAAUAUGUACACACACUUGUAAGUGUUUGUGUGUGUGUGUGAAGAGCGAACAAAUUGACAAAAAUGUUUAAUUUGCUGCGACGCACGCGUCUGAGAAAGGCGCAUAAAAACAAAAUCUACGAUGUCAGUGACGAUGAAGAGGCAGCAACAACAGCAACAACUACAACACCAGCCAUUGGCAGGAGCACCACUGAGAGUGAGAACAGUAAUGGCGCUGAGUGCCGUUACGUAUUCAGCACAUCAGAGAGCAGCAGUGCGGCAGAGAGCCAAAGAGAGAAAGUGAAAAUGGAGAGUGUAGGGCCGCGCCGAGCUGUGAUCGAAGAGUUGGAGGACUUUUGCAGCGACGAAGAGGCAAACGACGAAGAGUCGCAAUGUGUAAAAUUAGCAAAAACAGCUGCUGCUACUGCUGCUGCUGCUAAUGGCAAUUCAGCGAUCUCUUGGCGCUCCGACAAUUUGUUGUACUCGUCGUAUAUAAAUAACAUGGGCAAAGGCAAUGCGGCGACAACGGCGAGGACAACGACUGUUGUUGAUGAACAUCAUGAUAGAAAUGCUGCUGAUGUUGCUGCUACUCUUGCUGCUGCUGGGCAUGCCACGGGCAGUCAAAACGAGGCAAACAACGAAGGCGGUCAGCUAAUUGGCAGCAGCUAUAAUAUUGGCCAAACGGAUUGCCACAAUAAUCGUAUCGGGCCAAUAAUCGAUGGCAAUGCACCACAACAAUUACAAAUUGCUGGCACGGUAAUUGAUGCAACGGCAAACACAAACGCAAACGCAAAGACAGAGACGACAACGAAAAGGGAGACACAGACGCAGACGCAGACGAAUAAGGAGACUGUGAGGGAUACGCAAACGGUCAAAUAUCGGCAAUCGAAACAAUCGAACGAACAGAAACGAUUAUCGCGGCUAUCGCUGGGCAAUUUGACAGCUGGUUUGCAACGAGGCAACAAUAAUAAUAAUAACAAUAAUAAUAAUAAUAAUACAAAUACAAAUAAUAUUAAUAGGGACUGUGACAGUGCAGCCGAAGAGUGUGUGAACAAGAAACGCAAAACGUUGCAAAGAAGUCGCGAGUUUCUCACUGAUAUUUUCAUGGCGCGUGGACGUAAUCAUCAGCGGCAGCAGAGGAAUCAGCAACAGCAACAGCCGCCACAACAACAACAACAGCAGCAACAACAACAGCAGUCUGUGGUCAAGUCCAAAACAGCUAACGACGACGUAAUCGCUAUUGGCCAGGCGCUAACAACGCGACCAACAGCAUUGGCAACAGCACACCUUGAAACGAACUCCGACCCCGCGACCGUGUCCACAAAUAGUUAUCAAAUGACUAUGUCUAAUAAUAGCACACAGAAUCGACACAGCGCAGCGCUGUCGACGCACAGCGACAAUAAAGAGCAAGAGCGUCGAGCAGAAGAGCGAGAGCGAGAGCGUGAGCGAGAGCGAAGUAACAGUAAUUCAGCUGGACAGGAGCAGCAGCUGGCAAAAGAGAGCCAAAAGCAGCGAGAUGGGAACAGAGAUGCGAGUGCUGAAUUUAUUCAAGCGGCAAACGUCGAGCUGUACACUGUCGCGGAAGAUCAGCAAGGCGAUGCAAUUCUGCAACGCAGCCGUAGCAGCAGCCGAAGCAGCAACAACAGCAACAACAACAACACUAGUGAUAUAAUCAUAAACAGCAUGGGCCAAACCAGCGCCAAACCCAACGAAUCACAGCAGCAAUCAUCGGCAAACAGCUCACGAGCCAGCACGCCGCGUGAGUUUCGUGAGUCGUUCGUGAGCGAGCCACAAAAUGUGCCUGUGGCGCCACCGCGUCAACAGAAACAGCAGCAACAUCAUGAGUUGCCCAAAAUUACCGUCGUGGACUGCAGCUUCGAGCAGAGUCCAAGUCAAAGUCCACAGGCAAAUGUGGCUGGCGAGGAAGUCUUCUAUGAUUUCGAUGGCGUCAACAUUGAGGAACUGAAUGAGGCACAUGUGGAAACUCUAGAGGAUGAGGUCUUUGACAUACCUACAACCAUCUAUCAGCAGGCAAAUAAUGGCAUAACCCGACCCUGGACACGUUUGACCAAUGUCAAGCUGGAGAAUGUUCAAGAGGAGGCUGAAGAGGAUGCAGAGCCGGAGCCCGAGGAUGAUGAGCUGGACGAGGCGCUGGACAUGGAAUGCGAUGAGGUGGAACGUGCCACGCCCAAUGGUUCAAGGCAAUCGGCGAGCAGCGAACGCAGCGCAUUGAAAAGUGAUUCCAAUUUAAGCAGCAGCUACGCGGACUCGGGCAUCGGCAUCAGCAGCGGCAGCGGUCAUGACAUGCCACAUGGCAGCGAGCGACAGCAAUUGCCACAGACGGUAGUGCCACCAGUGCAGCGCAUGUUGCCGCUGCGCAUGCCGUUCGUACGGGAUGCCAACUCAACGUCAACCGAUUGCGACUGCGAGGAGAUGUUGCUGCAGUGCGACGAACUCGAUGAUGAGCAGCAUUUCAACGAGCGUUUGGUCUGCAUCGAGAGCAUUAGCCUGCCCGACGUUGUCGUUGAGUCAACGACCGCAACAACAGCAUCAACAACAGCAGCAACAGCAACAGCAACAGCAACAACAAGUGCAACAACAACUGCCACAAAUGGCUCUGAUGGCCAUCUCAAUAUCAAUAUUACCAAUGGCGCCGGUGGCAAUAGCCUCGGCAAUGUGCAUUUCAUACCCAUUCACAUUGAGGGGGGCGUGGCUGGUUCAGCCUCUGCCUCUGCCUCGGCACGCAGUCGCAGCAACAGUCCCAUGCAGCGCAGUCUCGACGACAGUUGCAUUGGCCGCAACACCAUUGAGAUUGUCGAGGAUGGCUGUGUGCUCAAUAAUUCGAUGCAGGAUGGCAACCGUGAGGCGCAAGAGCUCAAAAAAGCGCUUAAGCUUCAAAAGGCACGUUUCACCACACAGCUUGAAGAUGCGCACAGAAAUGUUCAGAGUUUGGAGGUAAAAGUAAGCGAUAUGCAAGUUAAGAUACAAAAUCUGGAACAGGAACUGUCGCUCAAACAAUGGAAUGUAGAUAGACUCCAAGGAGAACUGAGUGCGGCUCAAAAGGAUGAUGAAUAUGUGCGUAAAAAGCUGAAACUGCUUGAGGAUGAAAAGAUACAUCUGCGACACAAGUACAGUGAUGAUGAGGAUGAAUUCCGACGCAAAUAUGAUGCAUUGCAAUCGCAGUACAACGAACUUACCGAAAAGUACAAAGAGACGCAGAGUCUGGCAAACAAUUUGCAAACUCAGCUGGCGAGUGCGAAGGUCGAGGUUGAAGAUUGGCGUAAUGAGGUGAAUAAAAUACGUGCCGAGUUGGAGGAACAAAUACGCAUACUCAAGAAUACAUUGGAGUAUUCCGAGGCGGAGCGUAAAAUCUGUGAGGAUAAAUGGCAAAAAGAAUUCGAAAUGCUCAGAACCCACAACAGAGAACGCGAGGAGACUUUGAUGUCAGAUUGUGAGUGGCAGAUGCGGCAAAUGCAGCGACAGUGCAAGGAUAAAAUGGACAAAUCCAAUUACGAACGCAAACAGGCAUCGGCCAAGGCCGAGGAGCUGGAACUGGAGCUGCAAUCACGUCACAAGGAGGCCGAACAUCUGCGCGUUUGCCAGGCUCAGGUGAAGUCCUUAAGCGGCGUUGUCAGUGAACAGGAACGUUCGAUACAAACACUCAUGGAACGCAUUGAGAAUCUGAAGGAGGAAUUGGAAACGGCCAAUGAGAAUCUCGAAACACAGAUCGAAGCUGUGCGUAAGAUCAAAUAUCAGUGUGAUAAUGCCAUUUAUGACAAGGAACGCCAAAUGAUUUAUCGCAUCGAUGAGGUGCGCAACGAAGCUGCCGCCUUUUGGGAAAAUAAACUUUACACAGAGAUGACAAGACUGACAAAUGAAUUGGAAUCCGUUUAUGUGGAUGAACGACGCGAUGCCUUGGACAAGCUUCAAGCUGAGCACAUUGAAGAAUUACGCGCCUUGACCAAUCGCUACACAUCCAACGAGGAGGAACUGCGUGCAGAGAUCGAUGAGCUGCAUGAGAAUCUGGAACAAAAGAAACAAGACUUUCUGACGCUGAGGGAACGCUCCGAUAAUGCUUUGCUUCAAACCCGCAUGCAUCUGGAUCGUGCAGAUCGUGAGUAUCAGAAUGCCAUGUGCCGGGAGGAGGAUCGUCGCGUGGAGCUGGAGGAGAAGCUCAAAAAGGAGUUUGAAGCGGAGAAGGAAGAAAUGGAGGAGAAAUUCCGUGAACGUCUGGGCCAAGUCAAGGAAGAAUUCGCCAAGGAGCUGCAACUUUCCACACAGGACAUGGUAGACUCCCAUCGCAAAGAGCUGGAGACCCAAAAAGCCAAACUUCAAGCCGAAAAGGAUGAAGCGCUACAUGCACUUGUGGAGCGACAUCGCGCCAAAAUGACCGCUGCCGAGGAACGAAUGAACGAUGUAGAGCUUCGGCACCAGCGCAAUCUGAAGGACUUAAAGGCGGCAUACGAUGCCGAGAAGGCGGCGUUGGAUAAUCGCGAUAUCAGCAAUGCGAAUGAGAUCGAGCAGCUGCAUCGCAAAUGUCGCUGCCUGACGAAUCUAUUCGAGGAGAUGCGCAUGCGUUAUGAGAGACGUGAUCCUCGACCAGAGGAUCUGAGAGAAAUCACCGAGCUGCGUACACGUUGCGAUAGCCAGGAGCGAGAUUUAUUUGUGCUCACCGAUCGAUUAAGGGAAAUGCAAAUUCAAAUGUCGGAGCUACAGCAGAAUGGCGGAGAGGGAGCGUUGAGAAAGAAGCCGCCAUCAAAAACGAUACCCAUCAGAUGUGAUGUCAUCUACGAGGAAAACGAGGAGCGGCAAUCCCCCGAUGUGGAGCAGCAGGAGGAUAGGGAAGAGGGAGAAGGCUCCUCGGAGGGUGACACCGAAGAGGAGCAGCUGGAACUGGAACCCAGCGAUACCGAAUCAAAUCACACGAUUGAAGUCAAUCAAAAGUGCAUCACAAACGAUCGCAUCAACGAGGACGAUGCUCACAUGAUCUCAGCUGUAUGAUCAUCUCAAUCUUUGGAAAUCCUUGGAAAUACUCGCGAAAUUCUACACACCAAAGGUGCUUUAACUUCUUUUCAAUGUGUUUACGACUAACAAAUACCCUAUCUAUCGAUGGUUACCCGGUAAUUGCACCAUUAAGAGUUAUCAACAAGCACUCACAUUAAAUGAAAAUAAAUCAAAAAAUUUAUAUAAAAAUUGUAAAAUACAAAAUACAAUCUAAUUGGUUUAUGAAACCUCAACAAAUACGAAAUAAAUGUAAAUAUUUUUAACAAUU